CGCGCGCGCCCCGCGCCCUCUCCCCGCCCGACGGGCGCGCGCGCUGGCUCCGGCUCCCGCUCCCGCUCCCGCUCCCGCUGGCGGCGGCGGCGGGGAUUGUUUUUGUUGUCGCUGAGGCCGGAAGAGCCGCGGGAGCCGGGUCCCUGUCCCCGGGCCGGGCGCCGCCGCCGCCCCUUGCUUAGCGCCCGCGUCUCCGCGGCGCCCCCAUAGCGCCAAUAUUCCGGAGAUCAAGCGUUACGCGGCGGCGGCGGCGGCGGCGGCGGCGGCGGGGCCCGGAGCGGGAGGCGCCGGGGACCGCGGCGAGGCGGCCCCCGCCGCCGCCAUGGAGGCUCUGGGACCCGGACCUCCAACCAGCCUGUUUCAGCCGCCUCGUCGUCCUGGCCUUGGAACUGUUGGAAAACCAAUUCGACUGUUAGCCAAUCAUUUUCAGGUUCAGAUUCCUAAAAUAGAUGUGUAUCACUAUGACGUGGAUAUUAAACCAGAAAAACGGCCUCGUAGAGUCAACAGGGACGUAGUAGAUACAAUGGUGCGGCACUUCAAGAUGCAGGUAUUUGGUGAUCGGCAGCCUGGCUAUGAUGGCAAAAGAAACAUGUACACAGCACAUCCACUGCCAAUUGGACGGGAGAGGGUUGAUAUGGAAGUGACCCUUCCAGGUGAGGGUAAAGACCAGACCUUUAAAGUGUCUGUUCAGUGGGUAUCAGUUGUGAGCCUUCAGUUGCUUUUAGAAGCUUUGGCCGGGCACUUGAAUGAAGUCCCAGAUGACUCAGUUCAAGCACUUGAUGUUAUCACAAGACACCUUCCCUCCAUGAGGUACACUCCAGUGGGUCGCUCCUUUUUCUCACCUCCUGAAGGUUACUAUCACCCUCUGGGAGGGGGCAGGGAGGUUUGGUUUGGCUUUCAUCAGUCUGUGAGACCUGCCAUGUGGAAUAUGAUGCUGAAUAUUGAUGUAUCUGCAACUGCUUUCUACCGGGCUCAGCCUAUCAUUGAGUUCAUGUGUGAGGUUUUAGACAUUCAGAACAUCAAUGAACAGACCAAACCCCUAACAGACUCCCAGCGUGUCAAGUUUACCAAAGAAAUAAGAGGUCUUAAAGUUGAGGUGACCCACUGUGGACAGAUGAAACGAAAAUAUCGAGUGUGUAAUGUGACUAGGCGGCCAGCCAGUCAUCAGACUUUUCCCUUACAGCUAGAAAAUGGGCAAGCAAUGGAAUGUACAGUAGCUCAAUAUUUUAAGCAAAAGUAUAGUCUGCAACUGAAAUACCCCCAUCUUCCCUGUCUCCAGGUGGGACAAGAACAAAAGCAUACAUACUUGCCACUUGAGGUUUGUAAUAUAGUGGCAGGACAACGAUGUAUAAAGAAGCUCACAGACAAUCAGACUUCCACGAUGAUCAAAGCCACAGCAAGAUCUGCUCCUGACAGACAAGAAGAAAUCAGUAGACUGGUGAAGAGUAACAGCAUGGUGGGCGGACCUGAUCCAUAUCUUAAAGAAUUUGGUAUUGUUGUCCACAAUGAAAUGACUGAGCUCACAGGCAGGGUACUUCCAGCACCAAUGCUGCAAUACGGAGGCCGGAAUAAAACGGUAGCCACACCCAACCAGGGUGUCUGGGACAUGCGAGGAAAGCAGUUUUAUGCUGGCAUUGAAAUUAAAGUUUGGGCAGUUGCUUGUUUUGCGCCUCAGAAACAAUGUAGGGAAGAUUUACUAAAGAGUUUCACUGACCAGCUCCGUAAAAUCUCUAAGGAUGCAGGAAUGCCCAUCCAGGGUCAGCCAUGUUUUUGCAAGUAUGCACAAGGUGCAGACAGCGUGGAGCCCAUGUUUAAACACCUGAAAAUGACAUAUGUGGGCCUACAGCUAAUAGUGGUUAUCUUGCCUGGGAAGACGCCAGUAUAUGCGGAGGUGAAACGUGUUGGAGAUACCCUCCUGGGUAUGGCUACACAGUGUGUCCAGGUAAAAAAUGUAGUGAAGACCUCACCUCAAACCCUUUCCAACCUUUGCCUGAAGAUAAAUGCAAAGCUCGGAGGAAUUAACAACGUGCUUGUACCUCAUCAAAGGCCCUCGGUGUUCCAGCAGCCUGUCAUCUUCCUGGGAGCGGAUGUCACGCACCCCCCAGCAGGGGAUGGGAAGAAGCCUUCCAUUGCUGCUGUCGUUGGCAGUAUGGACGGCCACCCCAGCCGGUACUGUGCCACUGUGCGGGUGCAGACGUCCCGCCAGGAGAUCUCCCAGGAGCUCCUCUAUAGUCAGGAGGUAAUCCAGGACCUUACUAACAUGGUUCGAGAGCUGCUGAUCCAGUUCUACAAAUCCACACGCUUCAAACCCACUCGGAUCAUCUAUUACCGUGGAGGGGUAUCCGAGGGACAGAUGAAACAGGUAGCUUGGCCAGAACUAAUAGCAAUUCGAAAGGCAUGUAUUAGUUUGGAAGAAGAUUACCGGCCAGGAAUAACCUAUAUUGUGGUGCAGAAAAGACAUCACACACGACUCUUCUGUGCAGAUAAAACAGAGAGGGUGGGGAAAAGUGGCAAUGUACCAGCAGGCACUACCGUGGAUAGCACCAUCACACAUCCAUCUGAGUUUGACUUUUACCUCUGUAGUCAUGCAGGAAUUCAGGGAACCAGCCGUCCUUCACAUUACCAGGUCUUGUGGGAUGACAACUGCUUCACCGCAGAUGAGCUCCAGUUACUAACUUACCAGCUAUGUCAUACCUAUGUGCGGUGCACACGCUCAGUCUCUAUUCCAGCCCCUGCCUAUUAUGCCCGCCUUGUAGCAUUCAGAGCAAGGUAUCAUCUGGUGGAUAAAGAUCAUGACAGUGCGGAAGGCAGUCAUGUGUCAGGACAAAGCAAUGGCCGAGAUCCUCAGGCCUUGGCUAAAGCUGUGCAGAUCCACCAUGAUACCCAGCACACGAUGUAUUUUGCCUGAGAGUCUCAGAAAAAGAACUCAACCAGUUUGGCACACCAUGCAGGCUCAAAAUGUUUCAAACGCCUACUGCCUCUAGAGAGAGCCAAGUUGACUUCAGGUGGUCCUCUACCAGCAACUCAGAAUAGUUGCACUGAAUCUAUACUUCGCAGCACUGUCUGAUGCAUCAACAAAAUUGAGCCAUUUUUUUAAAGUAAUAGAUACUCAUUGAUUAUCUUUUCUGAUGCACUGGACUGAAUUUUUACCUCAUCAUGCAAAGGCUAAUCAGCCUGAACUUUCUAAAGGACUUUAUGAGAAAGGUUUCUAUGGACUAUUUUGCUAGCUGUGGUGUUCACCGCAUCCCUCUAGUCUUACAAGAGAAGCUUAUUCCUUUUUUCUGUAUUCGUCGAGUGGGGUAUAUGCAUAAAUGGGAGAGAAAAACCAAUCUACUUCAGUUCAGUGUAACUAUUUAAUUGUGUGGGUCAAUAGGCUUUUUAAUGGAGAUUUCUGACUUCGCCACUGUAAAUGCCUUUAACGAGCAUUAACUUUUGAAAGUUUUACAGAGUUUUAUUAGUUUUACUACUUUAUGUAUUGAUCUCUACAGACUUGUGCUGGUGCAAGUACAGGCUGCCAGGCAAUUGCACUAUAUUUGGCUGCAGAUUCAGACAGGCAGUUCUCUUAUUUGGUUGACUUUUGUGAAUGUGUAACACAUGUGAUGCAUGUCAUGGUGACAGAUAACACUGCCAUGGUAAAAAGUACUCAUGUUUCCCCCUCUUUGAAAAAAAUUAGCUUUUAGUAUUUUUCAGAGUUUUCAAAAAUGCCCAUUUUAUGCUGCUGUGUGGUUUGUUAGAUCUAAAUGAUUUUUUAACUUUUCUCAUAGCAAGUUAACUUUGGCAAUAAACAUUUUUUAAAGUCCCUCCUCUUCCUCCCCCUGACAGUGUAGUUUUUUAGAUGAGAUUUCGGUAUGAUUUUUAUCAGCUAUUUCUUACAGAUCAUAAUCUGACAAUUUUUGAAACUGGUCAGAAAAGGCAUAUAUUUCCAUGCCUUUUUUUUUUUUUUUUUUUUUUUUUUGCGGUACGCGGGCCUCUCACUGUUGUGGCCUCUCCCGUUGCGGAGCACAGGCUCCGGACGCGCAGGCUCAGCGGCCAUGGCUCACGGGCCCAGCCGCUCCGCGGCAUGUGGGAUCUUCCCAGACCGGGGCACAAACCUGUGUCCCCUGCAUUGGCAGGCGGACUCUCAACCACUGCGCUACCAGGGAAGCCCUCCAUGCCUUUUUAAAGAAUUCUUUUUAUCUGUUUUAUAGUCACAGUUGGUGUCCUGUCACUUUGUUUUAAACUAAGCUAGAACCAGGAUGCUUCCUUAUUGAAUAGGCUUUGCCAGUCCUUAAGGUACCUUGAGUGAUGCUGCAACUUGCAAAAAUGUACCAGCAUUUAAAACUUUAUUCCCUGGGAAUCAAGGUUACUCACACAAUUACUUGUAAUGGAAAUUUUUUGCUUCUCUUUCAACCUGAAAUGUACUUGGUGGGGUUUCCUUCCUUUUAUUAAACUAAAACUGCAUAGAAAAGGUUGCUUUUUCUUAAUAGAUUCUGGAUUGCGUUCACAGGGAGAGAGGAUUCCUUUCUUGUCCAAACAAAGGGAGUUGAUCUAAAGCAAGCAUCAGUUAAAAUGUGGGGGAAAAGGUAUUUUGUAUUUAGUGUAGAUAAUACUUUGUGAAUGGACAACAGUUACAUAGAGUCUUGAUAGUUCCAGCCAGUGUUUCCCAGCCCAAAUUUUACUGACUUGGAAUUCUCUGUCCUGGAACCUCAGGAGUGAGAGCUGAAAGGAGGGAUAAAAGGCCCAGAGCCACUCCACAUGGCUGAGGAAGGUGCUGGGGGAAGAGAUAGAUGCAGUGUGGUAAAACGGUUUUGCCACCUCUGUCUGGAAACUGCUGGUGGGGGAAACACUGGAUCUAAUGGUGAAGGAUGUUGCUUGAACUCAUUAGCUGGUCCAAAUCUGUUAAACUAGCCUUCUCAAAAUCCCAGCAAUAUAAAGCACUGUUUUUCUUCAGUCUUGUAAACAAGCUUGUAAAUACGUUAAAGUUUACAUUUCCAUGUGCUGUUGAUCAGCAGCGCCACCAGUGUUUGCUGAGACUGGUCUCAGAGUUUUAUAAUGUAUAUGGAGUCCUAAAGCUCAUUAAGAUACAAGUGCAGACGUCCUUGUUCUCUUCAUAGAGUGGGAUGAAAGCAAGCUCUGUAACUGAGGCACAACAAAGGCAGGAGUGAAGAAGAUGGCAGAUGUUAAUUUCUUAAGAUUUUCCUUUUUUGCAAAUACCUCACUUGGACACACAAAUCAGGACACGUUGGUGAGGGGCUGGCUGCUGCUUUUUAUUCACACUUGUUCAGGGAGAGCACAGAAAAUACCCUUCAGCUUGGCCACCCUGGAUACAAGAGGAGGAAAAACCGAAGUUUCCUCUAGGAAAAGGAUGACUUGCUGGAGUCCAGGAUGUGAAGAACUCUUGGUGGCUGGCUGGCUGGCCAGUGGGCACCCCAUCUGCACUUGAGUGCCUCGGACUUGCUUGUUAACAAUGCACAGAAGAAGCGUCACUUCUCACCAUCUCCUGGCAUGUAUGGAGCAGGGAGCAAGGCGGAGUGCCAGGAAGCCCUGACGUGCUUGCAGACGGGCUAUACACUCGACCUUGAACUGUAGUUUGUAAGACCUCAGUCAGUCCUAGUACACUGGGGCAAAUCAGUGUAGUGGUGGAGGAAAAGCCGGGAGGCCUAUUUUUAUAGGAAAACAGUACCUUUGAAGGUUUAAUGCUGCCGUUUUGGACAAAAGGAAAGAAAUAUAGAAGAAUUAGGAUUGUUGGAAAAAACUUGCUGAGCGGUGAAUCUUUAAGAGGUAAUUACUGCAGAAUCCGAGUUGCAGCAAUACUCAUUGCAAGCAGGUCUGAAUGCAUAGUUUUAAUUCGGCUUGACAAUUUGAACACGUUAACCCCUUGGGACUGACUGAAUCAUUAUGCAUGUGUCAAUCAAUGGGAGGUGUGCAUUCUCUAGAAGUAGGUGUAGGCUGUUUGGUUUUUUUUUAAUGCAGCCUGUUCAGGCACUGUCAUGUGGUGUGAAAGAUUUAAAUGUAGCAAUGCUAAAGAGUUAACAAUUUUGGGAUAAGGCACGGGGACAUUAAAAGAGUGGUGAAAAUCCAAAUGUUGAACCAAUUAUGUUUUGUUGUUGUUGUUAGCUGUAGAGUGAACUAGCUGCCCAGCUGUCUGGGCAGGCAGAACAUAUUCAUUCUUACUGUAAAUUCUAUUUGCUGCUUCCAAAGGUGAUGAUUUACAAGCAGACAUAUUCUGUAUGGUCUGUAUUUUAGGAUCUGGUGCCCAGCCUAUAUCAGAGCUUACCUACCUGGCUCAGCUACCUACCCUUCCUGUGGGAAAAGGUAAUCCACUGUUUAACCAGGCUCACCCUCUCCGCCCUGCCCUAGCAACCCUUUGUGGAUGUGCUGUAAGAUUUUCUUGCUCAAUAGCAAGGUGGUAGCUCUGCUUUCAUUUUAAGAAAGUGGAGGCUGAGGGCAUUGUAUCAAUACUGCUUCAACUCCAAGGAUUUUUCCUUGUAAAAUUAAAGGGAAGAUCUUGUUAUCGAUUAACCAUUUUCGUACCCCUUGCUAUUGACAUAUUCAUGCUCUUUCUAUGUCUAGUAGCUGAAAAAUGUUUGCAUUUGUUCAUUUGACUAAUGGUGUCAUUUUUGUUUCUAUAUUGUUAGGCCUGUAAUGUUCUAAAAUGUAUUUUAUUAAAUUUGGACUGGAUGUAUGUCUCUAGCAAUACGAGGUACUUUCUAAACUAUUAAGGGAGGGGUGGUAUCCCCGAGUUGAGAUAAGAUGAUGGUUGUUUAAAUUUUGCAAUUUUUUUUUGGCCUGCAGGGAUAUUUUGUGUUCAUGUGUCCAUAAAAGAAUAAAUUGGCAUUCUUGUGCCAAACAUUG